AUGACGAUCCCCCCAGUGAAAGGUUCCUCCCCGUGUUGUUCACGUGGAUUAAAUCUUUUGUUAGACUUGUUCAUAGGCGGAGUGAAAAACUUCACAACAUUCCACACUAGUAAAGUUGGCGUUAGCUCCGGUCUCUUUGGUUGUAUAUCCGAAAUAUCAGUAGAUGGUAGGGAAAUAAACCUGCUCAAGUCCAAACUUGACAUGCGCGGUAUCAAACAAUGCACAGAAUGCCUUUUGCCUUGUGAAUUAAGACCAUGUUUGAAUAAUGCCACUUGCAUCCCGGUUGGAAAAACGGGCUUUUUCUGUUCCUGUGCUCCUGGAUAUACUGGACAAAAGUGUGAGUUUACACUGGCCGAUCCUUUGAAGAGCCACAUAUGUGUAAAUGGCGGAGUUGAAUUAUCGUCAUCUGACAGGUUACUUUUAUUUAUUAAUUUUUUAUUUUCCCAAACAUAAGAAAAAUGCACUCCACUACAGUCAACCCGCAGCUUGUUUUAAUGAGGUGUAGCUAUUAAUUCCCUCCGGUGUCUCUGCUAUUGAUAAGUUCGGCUAGUCUGUCCAAUAUUUUCUGCGUUACGGUUGGUACUAUAGUCAAUCUAAAUAUAGUGAUAUAUUGUAAAGAAAUUUCUUCUCGGACCUCAAAUGAAGAUCUCUCGCGAUUAAGGACAGUAAUUCGUUGGAGGGUGUCCGAAAUAAAGGGAGUUGACUAUAUUUACUAUAAUAGACGGAAAGUCUUUGAAUAAUUAGAAUACAAACAAUACUUAAUUUUAAGACGUGAUAAAAGCAGUUCGCAAACCUAGAGAGCUUCAGAAAUUCUGAGCCUAAAAGUUGAUUUACUGUGUUACAGGUUAUGCAACUGCCCGCUCGGAUAUGGAGGCAGAAGGUGUAAUAGAAGUAAGUACUUUCAGAAGUUUUGCCUUUUGAAAUAGCUUCCUAAUGCGACGGAUAUAUUUUCAAAUCUGUCAUUAACUGCUGUUGUCGCAGUAUAAACUUUUCAAUGUAAGGGAUCUUAAGGCACAGAGUCUUUGUGUGCGGAUACAGCUGACCUCCCCAUGCUGGAGCCGUCAGCAUGGGUAAAGUGCUUCUUACUAUAACCCGGAGGCCACACUUAGGAAGUCUUGGUGGCCUUUUAAAACCGGAAGGGGAACUACCGGUGGUGCAAAUGGUAAGAGUAAACGCCUUCCACUGAUAUAGGCUGGGUUCGAUUCUAGCGCCACAAAGUGGAUUGACUUUGUUGUUGGUUUUCUUCACAAGUCUACUUCGAGCUGAAAAGUUUUCUCUAAUUUAUUGGGGACGUUUAAGAGGCCACACGUUUAGAACAGUGAAAUCUAUCGGGUGUCACGCUGUCUAAACUACAUAAGUGUAAGUUUUCAUAGUUGCAGUAGAAUUCUUUGACGACAACCCCUACAAAAAAAAAAACAUGCACACUGGCAAUAGAUUUUAAGUACUAAAGAAACCUUAGUUUACAAACUUCUGCUGUUGGGUUUAUUUUAACCUUUUCGGUGCAAAGUUCUUUAAAAUAGCUUGCAUGAGGCAAUGUAUAGUUGAGUCGAUUCCAGUGACUCUUGCUGAUUGGCUGUUUCGUUGUAGCUGUCCAGUUUGGAAAAAAUGCCUUGUUCAGUGGUGACGGUUUCUUGGAAUUCCCAUCAUCGAGCAUGCGAGGACCGAGGUGAGGUUUUUUCUUUGGUGUUCAGUGAACCUUCUGAGAUAACAUUUCUCAGCAUCAGGAGAGUUUUACGACUGUCAUAAUAGAAAAUGAGCGCCCAAGUUAUUUCCAUCCUGGUAUUUUAUAGCCGAAAUACGUUAUAAUCCACAGUGCAAUGUUUACGGCUUUGAGCAUGCAUGCGUCCAUUUUUUUUUACAGAUCGACAACACCUGACUAUAUGUCACUUGCGAUAAAAACAGAAGCUCAAAAUGGUGUAAUCCUCUGGCAAGGAGAGGUAAAUUAGAGUGUUGUAAUGAGUUCGGCCAACAGAGAUUGUUUAUAACUCAUGCCUGAUAAUCCGAUGACCAGAAAAGACAUCCAUCUACUUUGCCAUAUUCAGUUCUGAGCUUUUUCUUAGUUAUUAAAAGAUUGUAAGAACAAAACCUUUUUCCAAAACACUUCCGUAUCUCUUUGCCAACACGUUCGUGUAUAUUUCACACACACAGGCCCCUUGUAUUACGAACAGUUCCCUUGAUCUGUAAGGCAUCAAGCAACAAAUAGAUACCUCAUGUUCUCACCUGGAUCAAUUUGGUGUCCCUAUGAAAAAGUUUUCUUCUUGUUCCUUCCAGAGAAGAGACCACUUUGCAAUCGGAUUAAGAGACGGAUUUCUGGAGUUCAGGUAAUUAUUUUAGGACUCUUGACGGCCCAACAACUGGUCUCUUUCUAAACUUUGGUAUUCUUUGCUUUCAGAGUAAAAACACCCAUACAUGUACGUGACCACCAAAAAUGCCAAAAGUUAGGGGUGGCUAAUGGGAGCUCGUCGCAUACGAGACUCUGACGCAUCUGAAUGUCGCUAAAAUGGCCUCUGAAAUAUGUAAUGCAUGCGCACUAAAAAACAUAGACAGUAUACACGUAUUAAAAGAGUAUAUUUCGUCACAUAAAUGUACUGAUGGAUCACAUAACCCACUUAACAUCCGGGGGCGAUAAAAUAAUAGAGAGUUUAAGCAAAAGCAUUUUUGAGUGACGCACGUCAACCGAGGCUAAAAAAUUGUAUUGCUUUGCGUCUUUGCGUCUUUUUUCUCAUAUUGAUGAUUUUGCGGAGAAUUUGGGCAAAAACACUGCUUAAAAGUAGUUAACUAUGAAAUUGAGUGAAGCACAUCCUCGGUUAAAUUUGUUACACAUUAAUCCUUGAUCACUGAUCUACAUAAAAAAAAAAAAUAAGGGAACGGGCCCCCGGGCCCCUCCCCGGAUCCGCUACUGCAAAUAACCAGGAACUAAAUUUAUCGGUCCCUACCCUGAGAAUACUUUAAAAUCAUGUUAGCAAAUCAGUUACGUCUUUCUUAGAUUUGAACUCGGCUCUGGGCCCGCUGUACUACAAUCUCUGUCUCCCGUCAACGACAGCCAAUGGCACUCCAUCAAGGUUUACAGGUAACAAACUUUUUCAACUACAAUCUUGAAAUAAUAGUUCCUAGAUCUCCGUAUUCUAGAUGCGUUACAUUUGAGGAACAAGGAAGGGCCCGAGAAUAAACCCACCGACUGUCAACCAUGAAAAAAAAUGUAAUCAAUUAUUGAUUUCGGCUUCUAUAUAAUAUGAAGCAGCACUGACUGCGUGAUGUCAUCCCUCCGAUAUUUUAAUUAUUAGACUAGUGACGUUUGUCGUUUAAUUUUGUAGGCGUUUCAGUGAGGGUUCCCUUAAAGUUGAUAAUCAUGAUCAUGUAAAUGGCACCUCGGCUGAGGGAAGCAAAGGGCUGAAUAUUAACCAAGGUCAUAGCAUAUUUAUAGGUAAGUGCAUUGUAUAUCCUUAUCUUAUCAGUCAUCCCUACGAUCAGAAUGGGCAGUCCGAAAUAUCUGGAUUUCAUAUAUUUGAACUGCGGGAAGAAGAAACAAAUGCAGACAAGAUCAUCAAUACACAACUCAGUUGUAAAAAGAAAGCCUGAAUGCCCGUAUUCGACCCCUGACCUCUGCGAUACCGGUGCAGUGCUCUUACCUAUUAAGCUAGCAAGCAGACUGGGUGUGGAUGGUCCGUUAGUAUUAUCUAAAAGUCUACCUCCUUUAUCAGUGUUCAGGAUGUUUAAUAAUGUAGAAGAUUUUUUUUUCAUAUGAACAGGAGAUAAUUCGAACUAUAGCCUAUAUUAUCUUAAUGUUUUUUCCUCUUAUUUCCAAUAGGAGGGGGUGAAAAUAUCGCAAAAAUGACACAUGGAAAGUUUAAUACUGGUUUUAGGGGUUGUAUAAAGAAUAUAUUUUUCAAGGACAGAGGCAUGGACCUCCAGGGUGACGCUAUUCGCGGCUGGAAUGUCCUACCGUGCGACAGCGAUGAGGCAGAGCCAUGA